AACGAACGUUGGUGAAUUUGUUUAACAUCUGUCAACCGUCAAAAUGCGAUAAAUGGAAAUGUCUCGUUCACUAAUUGUGUUAAUUUCGCACAUUUUCAACCCAAAAGUUAUGGAUUAGCUACUAAAAUAUGGGUGCAAAUAUUUCCCAAUUGGAACGAGAUAUUGGUUCAGAACAAUUUCCUUGCAACGAGCACUACUUUGGUUUAGUUAAUUUUGGGAAUACAUGUUACAGUAACUCAGUGCUUCAAGCUUUGUAUUUUUGUAAACCAUUUAGAGAUAAAGUUUUAGAAUAUAAAGCAAAGAAUAAAAGGACUAAAGAGACAUUACUUACAUGUCUCGCAGACCUUUUUCACAGUAUAGCCACCCAGAAAAAAAAAGUAGGAUCUAUAGCACCAAAAAAAUUUAUAGCAAGGCUACGAAAAGAAAAAGAGGAAUUUGAUAACUAUAUGCAGCAGGAUGCACAUGAAUUUUUAAAUUUUCUCAUCAACCACAUUAGUGAAAUUAUACUAGCUGAAAGGCAGCAAAACUCAACUACAAAUAAUGUCAAAUCAAAAGCUUCGGGCGAAAAUGGUACUACCCAUAGUCCGCCCGAGCCAACGUGGGUUCAUGAAAUUUUUCAGGGUAUUUUGACCAGUGAGACGAGAUGUUUGAAUUGCGAGAACGUCAGUAGCAAAGACGAAGACUUUUUCGAUUUGCAAGUAGACAUCGAACAGAAUACUAGCAUAACACAUUGCCUGCGGUGUUUCAGUAAUACCGAAACGUUAUGUAGCGAUAACAAGUUCAAAUGUGAUAACUGCAGCAGUUACCAAGAGGCGCAGAAAUGUAUGCGCGUUAAAAAAUUACCUAUGAUACUAGCAUUACACCUCAAAAGGUUCAAAUAUGUCGAACAGUACAAUAGACAUAUUAAAGUUUCUCACAGAGUGGUCUUUCCUUUAGAACUUAGGUUAUUUAAUACGUCUGAUGAUGCACUGAAUCCAGAUAGACUUUAUGAUCUUGUAGCUGUUGUGAUACAUUGUGGUAGCGGACCUAAUAGAGGACAUUAUAUAAGCAUCGUUAAAAGCCACGGGUUUUGGCUACUUUUUGACGAUGAUCAAGUCGAUAAAAUUGACGCUUCUACGAUAGAAGACUUCUACGGCCUCACAGCAGACACCCAAAAAUCAUCCGAAACUGGUUACAUUCUGUUCUACCAAAGCCGAGAAAGCUUAUGAACUCUAAGAGUGCAUCUCGCCUUAUCGGAAAGGGAGGGCGUUUCCUCUCUCUCUAGAAGUACAAAUAACCCCCUCCCUAUCUCAAUAUCUCUGAUAAUUCCAGUUCAGGCCAGUUCCCGGAGUAUAUUUUUAUCACUUUGAAAUGCAACGCUGUUUUCGCCAGUUGUAUAAAUGGUAAUUGGGUGAAAAAAAAUGACCUUGUGUUUCUUUUUAUAUGUUAUACAUAUAUUAAUAUAUAAAUGACAUUAUCUAAUGUCCUGAAGACAAGUGUUUCUCGGAUUUGUCCGAGAAGCACCUCAAAUAAAUUAUGUAUUAUAGAUAGUAGAUGUUACUUAAAUUGUGCCCUGGGCUUUUUUUCUUGUUUGCUCUCUUCGUUUAUACAAUUGCGCGAUUAAAUAAUGUCGCAUUACUUGAAAUUCUCUAGGAAAUGGUCCUAGCGAAGAUAAAAGAAUUUUUAGAAUAUCGAAACUUCGAAAUGACAACUUUGACACUUUCUAGUCAUUAUUUAUUACGUUCAAUUCAAACUGCGAUGCAAAAAAAUGAAUCGAUGAAUUUUCAAUGCUCAGAAUUUUUGAUUGAUGAUGUUUCGAUAUUGUACGAAUUAUACCCAAAUAAGUGGUAAAAAAAGUUGUAAAAAGAUCCCUAAGUUAUUUAUUAUGUUUUUAUUAUAUUUAUUUUUUUUAAAAAAAGCAAACUUUUUAGUUGUUAUUUAGAACUGUACUGUGAAAGUUGCACUUGUAUAUUUUUUUAUAUUGUUUUUGUAAUUAUUUUUUAAGGGAGUCUCGGGAUGUUUUAACAUAUUUAUUUCGAGUUUUUUGUACUACAGUCAACUCUAGAUUAUCCGCGAAAUUAUAAAAAAAACAAAUUUACACAAAUAAGCAUUUGAUGAGGUAUACAAAUUUAAUUAUUUAGAAAUUAGGUCAAAAUUUUCUUUAUUUAGUAUUGGAUUUUUCAUCACAAAGUGUUGUGCUAUCCUGUAAAUACUGAAUAAGACAUGAACUAAAGUUGCGUCGUGGCUCACUUUCUUUUAUACCUUAUCUUAUCUUCAUUGCUCUUUUCCAAAUUCAUUCCUAACUCUUCUUUUACAAUUUGUUUUCAGGUGUUUGAAGUCUGGAUGAUUAGUUUCAUAAUCAUUCAUUUUAUCUUCAUCAAAAUUUUCUCUCCCAUCUCUCCCAGUUUUCCAUGAAAUGGAAACUUUUUUUUUCUUUUCAGAUUCUACCAAAGAUUUUAUAAGAAAGCUGAUUUUUGAACUGACUUCUAGGUAUUGUUUACGUCGUGAAUGUCAUCCACAUUAUUUAAAAAACAUAAUCUUCCUUUUUAAUCCUUUUUGUCAGUAAUUUCGUUCUGUAUUUCUUUCUUAAUUGAAGCAAAUUGGGGGGUAAAAAUUGUUCCAUCUUCCCAAACAGCUUUCUGUGGUAAACUUUGAGAUUCUAUUAAAUGCUCUCUAACUUUAGGAUUGAAUUUCCAACCAUUUCUUAAAUAAAUAAAUUUGGUUCGUCCAUCUUUCAAUUUACAUAAUGUACUGGUAGGUUGUCAGCUCAUGUCACCUCGAAUGAUAUCGUUUAUGAGUUAGUCAUCAUUGUUAGACUUAUACCCCGGAGUUUGAUUUUCUCUUUGAAAGUUGCAAACAUUUCCAGAACAAUUAUGUUUUUAUCAACUUAUUUGUAAGAAAUUCAAUCUGAUUGAAGAAAUUGUUUAAAAUAACCUUUUAAACAAAGAAGGAUAAAGAAGGGGAAGGGGUUGAGAUUAAUAAUUAAAAUUUUAUGAAAUUCAUUCAUUGAAUUGAGAAUUAGAGUAAGAAGAAUUUAAAAUCGCAGUUAAUCGAGAGUUUAAUAUAAAUGAAUUGAUGUGAACUUAAUUAUUAGAUCAGGGUAGAAACUUUCAAAAUGAUAAAAAGUAAAGAAAAUAAUAGUAGGAUGAAAACUAUCGGAAAAGAAGUAGAAUAUAAUAAAAAAGAGGGACAAAAUUAUUUGGGUAAUAAUAAAAUAUGAGAAUAAAAACUGAAAACUUUGUUAUUUCAAUUUUUCACAUCAAUUUUGAGGUUAUGUGAAUAAAGUGUAGAUUUUUUUUAUUAUCUACAACAUUGUCAUAAACCUUUUCUUGGCCUUAAAAGUCACUCUUUUUUCCGUACCGACCUCAGUUCGCCCGUAAAUUAUUUUUCCUUUCGUUUUUAUUACAUUCUCCUCUUUUUCCAAUGCGUUUCAUACUAUUAUUAUUUUUUUUUGGUUUCAAAAAUUAUCGACCCUGGUCUAUGUAUCAAAUUUGAUAACAAUAAACACGUUAAUGAUCAAUAUAAACUCUUCGGGCUUUAGAUAUCAAAUUUUUACAAAUGUCAUUUCUUAAUUCCAAUACUAUUUAAUAUUUAAACUGAUCCAAACACAAAAUUAGUUUUAUUUUUGGGUAAUUUUCAUCAACUACUGCUUAAAAUUAAUUGACAUUAACUGUUACAAUCUCUUCUUUCCAUGGGUGUACUCUACGGAUAUAAAUCUUCUUCCGGGUAGUUUCUGGUGUGUUCUUCAAGCCCAAAUGUAGUUGAUUGAAAAUGACUGUAAUUAGAAUAAUAUCCUCUCCUCUCCUUGGAAGGAUCUUUCUCCUAAAGUAGUAAGAUUUUGAUGAGAUCUUCUAAAGGAGUUCCAUCUGUAUAAAGAAGGAUGAGAGGUUUCAAAAAGUAGUUUCAUCGAUACAUUUGACAAAACGAAUGGUGAAAAUUUGUACUCGAAGCCAUUACCGUGUUUUAUGUUAUCAAAAAAUUCAAUUAUAUUGUGCCAUAUAAGAUUAUCGUGAGAAAUUAAACUGGCAUAUUGUUUUUAGUAUCAUGUCUAACAAUUAUCCAGUCUUUAAAUACUGAAACAAGAUUCUAUUUAUCCAAAAUUGGAGUGUUAGGGAAAAUAAAACUGAUGGUAAUAGUACAGAAAAAUAAGAAAGGAACUAAAAUUUUGAGGAGAUUAUCAAAUUAAAUCAUACAACUUUUUCAAAGGAUUAAGAGAAUCCUUCACGUCAAUUAUUCUGCGCCCAAUAUUAAAUUAUAGUAGAGAAUAGUAGACUAACUAUUCAAAUUAUAGGAAAAUCAACAGUAAAUGACUUUUUUUGAUCCAUUAUAUGCUGCAUUUUCUCGGCUUUUCAAUAUUUUUUUACUGAUAAAUCAUUGAAAUAGUCAAUCUCAUUGUUUUUGUAUAAUCUUUAUUAACGUUUUAAUAAGUUUUACAAAUGAGGUGAGGUGAGUUUUGAGGUGAAAAAAAGUUAUAGUGGCCGACAGGAAGACAUCAAGAUCUUGAGGUGCUUGACGGUGACCAAGUGUUCUGCUUAUCCGAAAUCAAAAAACCAAAUGGCAUUUUAAUUUUAAUAUUUAAGACUGAGGAUUGAAAUAGAAUGAAUUCUAAAUUACAAAAAUUGACUUUUUGAAAAUUAGAUUCUAUUUUUUACUCAUUUUUUCGCUCGUAGAAUAUAAAAAACUAUCGAAGCAAUCAUGAUAAUCCUAGUUCAAUCGCUGUCUUAUGACAUAUUAAAGAUGCCGUAUAAAUUUUAAUAAGAUCGGUCUAAUAGUUUUUGAAAUAUCGUGCUCACCGUUUCGAGAAAACGAGUUUGAAAGUUCUGCCACAGCCACAGCCACAGCAAAACUGGCGUCUUAGUCAAUAUUCGAAAGUGUCUUUCAACGGUCACGGCCUUUCUUUACUUGGACCUAAUUCACAAAAGAUUCAGGUUUAGGAAUAUAGGAGAUUCGGAGUAGCCCAGCGCGUGCCCAUUUCAGGGCUGUAACUUAUGAACCACUUCAAAUAUGGAAACUACUUUAGACGGAUAUCUGCCAAUAAUGUUCAUUCUCUCGACUAUUCCAUUCGAUUGUAAGUGUUAUACGGUCGCCUUGGUCUUCUCCAUUCCCAGCUGGUCACAGAUUUCCUGGAACAAAUGACUAGAAGUUUCUUUUUCGACCGUUGUGGAUUUCCAUUCAUUUAAACAGAAGCGUUAAUGAAUUCGAUUAAUAUUGAAUAGAAAGAACGCUUGAUUGUUUGCGAGGAUCCUUAUAAUAUAUAAUAUAACCAAAGUUACAAUUUUUUUUUUUUCGAUUAAAAAAACUUAAAAAUUAUAAAAGAUCUGAUAAAAAUAUGAAUUCAACUGUCUUGAUAGAUCAAAUAUUACUAAUAUGUGGAUAAAUAGAUUGUUUCAAACAAAUCGAAUAACAUUCCAUAUUUCUAAUUCAUUUUUAGAAUGAUCACUACAAAAAAAAUUCCUUCCCUAUUAAUUGGUUUUCUUCACACGCGUCAAGAAAGAUUUUUGUUUCACCACGUAUUUAAAUAAACAAAUAUAAUAAAGACAUGAUGUGACAUUUGUAAACUAACCUCACGGUACCAAAACCGGUUAUUUUUGAGUUAACCCUCGUAAUAAUAUUUGUUUAUUUAUUGGAUAUUACAAAAUUUUUAUAGAAAAUUAUGGGCUACAUUUUGUAUUUUAAAUGGUUACUUUAUUUAUUUCUAAUCUGCUUCAGACGUUCAAUAAAAAUUAAAUAUUUGAUUUUUUUGUAGUGGUAUCUAUCCAAAUUAUAUUUUUUUACUUAGUAAUUUAAAUGUGCGACUUUUACACAACAUUCUGUAACGUGAUGUUCUUUAGAUAUUAACACAGGUAUCCUUAAGAUUAUUUAAAGAAAAUAAUUAAAUGGAAGAUAUAGAGCACGUGGUAAUCCCUAAUAUUAAAUAUACCUCAGUCAAAUUGGGUUUUUAACAAAAAAGUUUUGAUUUCUUUGAUAUUCAUAUAUAUAUUAUAUAUAUAUAUAUAUAUAUAUAUAUAUAUAUAUAUAUAUAUAUAUAUAUAUAUAUAUUGAAAUUUCAAACCCCUGUCUAAUUGUCAAUUAUUGGAAACCUGUGCAAAUAUAUUUAGAAACCGACUUUAAUAUAGCCUCAAAAAGGUAACAGUAAGAAUUAUGUGAAAUAGAACAAGUUUUGGUGGAAAGUUUGUUUUUUGUCAAAAAAAAGUUAUUUUGUUGCCCCUUUUUCAAAUUUAGUUAGAUCCGCAGUACCUUUUACCAGCUUAUAAAAUGUUCUGGACUGUUUCAAAGACCACUUUUUAACAAUUUGUUGAUAAUGAAAUUUAUUAAACAGCUUACAGUCAGUAAUUAAAUAGAAAUAACAAAUCAACUAUAUUUGAUUUGAAAUUUUUCUCAAAAAAAUUCCGAGUAUUCAGCAACAAAAUGAAUUUACUAUAAUUUAAUAUAGUUAUGUAAUUAAUGAUUCCUCCAACGAAAUUUUGUCUUCUUAUUGUUAGCUUUUUAGAGUUUAUAAACUGCUGUUGAACAAGUGAAAGUGUUCAUUGGUAGUAUGAAUUUGUUUUCAUUUCAACUUUCCAGUCAUUUACCAACAUUUCAUGUAUUUAGCAAUAAUUAUUCCAAGAUGCCUGUUUUCUAACAUCAAAGGUUGUAAACCUUGAUGAAGGAAUGUCAUUUCUAUUAGUUUUUCUCUUCAAUCAAAUGUAGGUACCUAUGUUGAAGAAAACAAAUUUAUUUUACCCUAAAUUGUUUUCAUAAAUGAUGUCAAAAAUAACUAGUGCAUUAAUAUCGAAAUAUACUGCUAUGCAGAUUUUAUUUUUGUU